AUAAAAGCGCUUUCAAGAUUAAGAGUGGCGUCAAACCACGAUUUAUAUAUACGGUGAUAUGAUCGUUGCAACAUUUAUACCAUUCUUUUUAGCCGUGCAACUUCCUAUCGAGGAUGGUGCGUGGCCAUUUGGACCAGAGUACAUCUUCACUGUUCACAUGAACGUGACAGGGAUACCGCAGUGUUCUCGUCCAGCAUGCGGUAAUCCGUCCGGCUAUCGUAUCACCUCUCGAUUGCAUUGCAUUCCGAGGAAUAAUACUCUGAGCUGUAGUCUUAGGUACGUCGAUGGCUUUGAUUUUGGUAUGAUCGGUGAGGAAGACAAUAUCGUGAACCGACGCAAAAAUAUUACUGAAGCGCCUAUCGAGUUAUUUUUUGAUGAGAAAGGCAUCGAGAAUAUCAUCACAAGCCAGCUGACGCGGACCUAUGACCUCAACAUCUUGAAGAUGGUGGCUGAGCAGCUACAUCCCGGCAACGAUUUUAAUGAUAUCGGGGAUGGCACAUUUGAGGGUGAAACCGCAUCCACCAUAGGCAGAUGCAACGCCACCUUCGAUGUGUAUCAUCAGUCUGGGGACGGAAAUCCGAACGAAACAAGAUUUCGAUUAAAAUUAUUACCACCGAGAUUGCAUAUGACUUCCACAGAGACUCUUAUCAUCAAUAAACAGACGAAUCUUAAUCAUUGCAGCUGCUACGCAGACAGUUACUUUCGCAAAUAUGGUGAUACGGUUGUCUAUCAACGCUUGCAAGCGGAUUUAGAUAUUAUGAUUAGUCAUAUGGAAAUCAGUGAAACGAGUUUUAGUUCAUCAACAACAAGGAAGGGUACAUCGGUUUCAAACCACAAGACAUAUAAUAUAAUCGAAAUUACAAAAAUAAUCUUGGAAGACAUUCAGCCUGCCACGAAAGAGCCGCCCGCGAUCGUGAAACCGGGCGAGACCAAAAUACUUGCUAAUCAUGACAUAAAAAGUAUUUCUACUUCCUAUUAAUAAUAAUUAUUAAAAAUACUAAUGUUAUGAAUACAA